AUCAUGCAGACCUCAAGGUAUAUACGAGACAACGGUUGGCAGAAGGGUUCUUAUCCGUCAUGUUUCGUGGAAUGCUGCUUGUCCUUCUCUGUGCCCUGGUGAGCGCGACUCACCAGCCUCAGGCACUGACUCCCCAGGUCAAACCAGGGGGAUCUCACUCCAAUGUCAUCGGAGGGACUGAAGUGACGCCCCAUUCCCAUCCCUAUGUGGUUCACAUCGACGCCUGGGGCGUGUGUCAGGGCUUCCUGCUCUCCGACGAAUGGGUCGUCACCAUUGCUCAGUGCAUUGCGCCCGCCGAGGAAGCCGUCUUGACUUUCGGAGCCCACAACAUUUACGAACACGAACCCGAACAGGUAAAGUUCUACUCCAGCGAAUUCAUUGUCCACGAGGAAUUCAGCCCGACAGACUUCCUGAACGACAUCGCCCUUAUCAAACUGCAGCAGCCAAUUCUUUUCACGCCUGCUAUACAGCCGGCGGAACUCCCGACGUACAGCAUUCAAAACGGAUCUCGGGCCAUUCUGACCGGAUGGGGACAGACAUCUGAAAGUGACCCUUACUAUUCUGACGUUCUGAGGGAAGGGAAGGUGACGAUUUCCCAUGACAAAGAAUGUGAAGACUACUACGGACUGACAUACCCUCACACUAUCUGCGUCAUGACUGGUCAUGGAAGCGCACCUUUCUGUCAGGGUGACUUCGGCAGCACUCUGUACUUCCAAGGGAUGGUCCACGGCAUUGCGUCCUUCUACUCUGCUGCAGGAUGUGACAGUGAUGGAGGUGAUGUCUAUAACUCGCAUCUACGACUUCGUGGACUGGAUUAAGUCGCACACUGGCCUUCCAUAGUGAAACCUUCUCGAGAUGAGUUCAAGAGACAUAAUAUAAAGAUGUAAAAGAUUUUUUUUUUUUAGAACUUGAAUCGAGAUGAUUAUGUAGAUGAUAGUCAUCAUAUAUAUAAAUAUAUAUAUAUAUAUAUAUA